UUAUUUCUGUUGUUACUUUGCCAUUCAAUACAAUUGGUUAAUUUUGUGUGAUUUUUUGCUUUAUUUUUCUUUCAAAUUAUAAUUUAUUUGUUUAUGUUGACUAAAAUCUAUAUAUUUGUGACCAUCAGUUAAUAAGCGUAUCUCUUUUGUUUGCUUCAAGUAAGAUUGAAUUUUUGAGGACUGUCUAAAGAUAUAAAGAAUUUCGUUUUGAAAAGAGGAUACAUUUCUUGAGAUAGCUUUUCUUUUCUAGCUAUUCCUCGAUUAACUAAUUUAUUGAAUCAGCCUUAUCAUCAUCGUCAUUAUCGCCAACAUUUAAAGUUUUGUGGCAACCUAAUAGUGUGUAAUUUGGAAUCCGGUUAAUUUAAUUGUGAACUCUUAGUGGAUAGUGCUUCAGCUGUUUUCGCCUCACUGGUAACCUAAAAUAAAUAUCGAAUAACAGUAUGAGUUGGGACAACAAUAUUGUUUCAGCCAAUAUUAAUAGGCAAAUUCAAGAUAAUUCAAGAUUGAAAUUUGAAAGAAAAUUCCACCUCACCGAUCGUCUCAUUAAGAGACUUGGAAUGAUACACGAGCUUAAGGAGCAUACAAAAUGUGUGAAUUGUUUGGAAUGGCACGAUUCAGGGCAAUUUUUAGCCAGUGGAUCCGAUGAUUGUAACAUAGUUUUAUGGAAUCCUUAUAAAAGAAAAUGUGUUAAAACUAUUCAAAGUGGACAUACUGGAAAUAUUUUCUCUGUAAAAUAUGUUAAAUCACCUUCUGGAAACUGUAUUGCCAGCGGUGCUGCUGACGCUGUUAUCCGAGUUCAUGAUAUGGUUGCCUCUGAAUGUAUAUUGAAUUGUACAUGUCAUACAAAUCGAGUAAAAAGACUGGCCACUCCAUCCAAUGAACCUAAUGUCUUUAUGUCAGCAGCAGAAGAUGGUUUUGUUUUGCAGUUUGAUCUUCGAGAGAAACAUUGGUGCUCUCAAAUUUGCAACAAUGUGUUAAUUAAUUUAACAAGUCACAUUAGUCCCUCUGCAGAAGUCAAAUGUAUAUCAAUUAAUCCAGUACAACCACAUUUGUUAGCAAUUGGUGCUAAUGACCCUUAUAUCCGCCUUUAUGACAGAAGAAUGAUCUCCUUAACUCAAGCAAAGCAUCCACCAUCUAGCUCAAUUAGUUUCCUUAUGUCCAGCUUUGGGCGAGCGGCAAAUCAACAGCAAGAAAAUGACGACCCCUCAUGGGUUCCUCCACCAUCAAAUUUACCUCAUAAUUGUGUCCAAUACUUCAUCGCUGGUCAUCUACAUUCAAAGAAAAAGCCGGCUGUAACGUGUACAUAUGUAUCAUUCAAUUCUAAAGGGAAUGAACUUCUGGCCAAUCUCGGUAGUGAACAGAUAUACCUUUAUGACAUUAACAAAGUUCAGACAUUACACAGUUACUAUCUUCCAUCAUCAACUCAAACGACAGUCUCUUCUAAAAAAACUAGCUCAACAUCUAAUAAAAAUUCAACCAAUGGUACUUGUGAAUACAACGGAAAAACCAAUGGAACGAAGAACCAGCCCACGGCUAAAACUAAAAAUGGCUUCCAUCGGCCAUCUAAUCUUAAAUAUUAUAGCGUUUAUGGGGUUAAGCAAUUACUUCCACCUAAAGUCCAAUUGAUGAAGGAACAAGCUAAUGAGCGAUUCGAUAAGGGAGACUAUAUCAAUGCUGUUUGGCUUUAUAAUAAAGCAAUCGUUCAUUGUCCAAAUGCGGCUGUUCUUCACGGUAACAGAGCAAUUGCUUUAAUGAAGCGAGGUUGGGAUGGUGAUGUUUAUGCAGCUUUAAGAGAUUGUUACAAGGCUCUUGAGCUAGAUAAAGGCUAUUUUAGAGCUCAUUUUCGCAUGGCUCGUUGUUUAAGUGAGUUAAAAAGAUAUAAAGAAGCUCAUGAGUGUUUCGAAAAGUUCAAAUCAACAUUCCCAGAAGAAGCUAAAGAUCAAUCAUGUUCUGAAUUGGAGAAACAAAUCAAAGAUUGCUUGGAAAGAUUAAAAGAACGUGAAGAAGCUUCCACAUCAUCCAAAGGAGAGUGUUUAAGUGCCUCUGAACUUGAUGAUGCAGAAGAAGCUGCAGUGACAGCUUUUGUCUCGUCAUCAUCUUCAUCCUCAUCAUCAGCUCCAAGAAAUUUAUCAUUCAAUUCAAGAUUACCUAAUCUCAACGAAAAAGAGAUCACUUGGAGAGCAAGAGCAGCCGAUUUCAAGCAACGCUUUUGCGGCCAUUGUAACACAACAACUGACAUAAAAGAAGCAAAUUUCUUUGGAAGAGAUGACCAGUAUGUUGUUGCGGGCUCUGACGAUGGUAAUAUAUUUAUUUGGGAUCGCAAAACGACUAACAUCGUGCGUGUCUUAAAAGCAGAUGAGGCCGUAGUUAACUGUUUACAGCCUCAUCCUACUGAUUGUCUUCUUGCCACUAGCGGAAUUGAAAAAACUGUCAAGUUAUGGGCUCCUAAACCUGAGGAUGGACCUGAUAGCGUCGAACCCACUGAAGUAGAAGAUAUCAACGAAGCUGCAAGCUCAAAUCAGAAGCUUAUGUAUGAAAAUCAAACUGGCGAGUUGGCAAUUUAUAAUAUGGGCUAUCGAUUUAGAUUUGAUUCAGACAACUCUGAAUAUCCCGAAGAGCUAGUUCAAUGUAGAGCUAGUUAAAGAUAUCCCAUCUGAUGCACGCUCACAAACGCGCUUAUAUUCAGUUGUUAUAGCUAAAGAACUAUAUUUAUCUAAAAAGCCAACCAACACCUCUGAAUGAUCUUCUCACAACCAAUCCCGACACAACUAUAAAUAUCACCAUAGAAUUUGUUCCUAUGUUGUUGCAAGUUGGAAUCAUUUAGUGAAAAACAAGCGUAAAAAUAGAUUCAUUGAUAUCAUAAAGAAUGUUUAAAUAUAUUGACUUUGGGUUAAACAAAAACAAUCUUUCCUAAUUUUAAGUUGUAUUUUUUUGUUUUUUUUGUAUUAAUCUGAAAACACAUCAAACACAAGUCCUGAAACCAAUGAACCAAAUUUUCUUGAUGUUACACUACAAAUUCUAAUUCUAUUUUCAUUUUGUUUUUCUCUCUCAUUCAUCACAUGUUCAUUGUCAUUCACUCAUUAUCCUUUUUCAAUCUUUCCAUCCAAUCUUUUAUCAUCUUCCAUGAAACAUGCAUGGGUUCUUUAAGAAACUCAACAGAGGAUCUUGUCAAUUCAUGCAUGAUCUUCAAUGAUAACAACAGUAAAGCCUAAUUAUCUUGUUAAUGGCAAACUGCUAUUAUAAUGAGAGUCGAAACUGUGCAUAAUUUGAAACAUUCAACUUACAAGAUUAAUUAAUUGUAAAAUAAAUCAUUUGUCAAUUCCCUCUGUUUCAUUGGUAACAAAAAUACUAA